GACUGCGGACACAGUACAGGGAUGACCAGAGACUGCGGACACAGUACAGGGAUGACCAGAGACUGCGGACACAGUACAGGGAUGAUCAGAGACUGCGGACACAGUACAGGGAUGACCAGAGACUGCGGACACAGUACAGGGAUGACCAGAGACUGCGGACACAGUACAGGGAUGACCAGAGACUGGGGACACAGUACAGGGAUGACCAGAGACUGCGGACACAGUACAGGGAUGACCAGAGACUGCGGACACAGUACAGGAGAUGACCAGAGACUGCGGACACAGUACAGGGAUGACCAGAGACUGCGGACACAGUACAGGGAUGACCAGAGACUGCGGACACAGUACAGGGAUGACCAGAGACUGCGGACACAGUACAGGGAUGACCAGAGACUGCGGACACAGUACAGGGAUGACCAGAGACUGCGGACACAGUACAGGGAUGACCAGAGACUGCGGACACAGUACAGGGAUGACCAGAGACUGCGGACACAGUACAGGGAUGACCAGAGACUGCGGACACAGGAUGACCAGAGACUGCGGACACAGUACAGGGAUGACCAGAGACUGCGGACACAGUACAGGAGAUGACCAGAGACUGGGGACACAGUACAGGGAUGACCAGAGACUGCGGACACAGUACAGGGAUGACCAGAGACUGCGGACACAGUACAGGAGAUGACCAGAGACUGGGGACA